ACGCGGACUCCCGGGGCUCAGAGAGCCUGUCAGGGGGCGGCGGGGAAGGUGCGCGGCGGACGGGCAUGUUUACUUGUGUACGUGCGGACGUCAAAGCGCAGGCACCGUCGUGUUCCCGGCAUGCAGCAGGAGGCCGUCGACACAUCCAGCAGCUGGCAGUGAGUUGCUCGAGCGCCGAGCAGGCAGCAGCUAGCGGCCAACACAGCGCGCACAUCUCCCACUUCCAUGUGAGACCAACCGAGCCGUCGACCUCACAGGCGACCAAGAGUAUGCUGUCCGGCCGCCCGUCGUGUCAGCGCAGCGGCUUCUGAGUCACCACCGUCUGCCGCUCUUCAUUUUGGAGGAUUCCUCCCUCCAUCCCUCCGAAUCGCAUCGAACGGGCAAUGACAACGGUCUCGGCAACCCCGCAGCAGAUGAGGGACCGGCUGCUGCGGGCCAUCGACAGUCAGAGCAAUAUAUGCAAUAUGGUGGCUGUAAUGGAGGUAAUUACCGGUCUCGAAAAAUAUCCAAUCACCAAAGAAGCACUUGAGGAAACUCGCCUAGGAAAGUUGAUCAAUGACGUGAGGAAGAAGACCAAGGAUGAAGACCUUGCAAAGCGUGCUAAGAAACUCCUGAGAAACUGGCAAAAGCUGAUUGAACCCGGGCCGGCUGUGGCAGCGAGUGCCCUCGGGUCUACCAAUGGCAGUUCUCAUCCCUGCAGAACAGAGGCCUCUCCCCCUGAUAUCUCUGUGUCAGGGAAGGGUGUCAUUGACGUCAAAAUCAGAAAUGAUGUUCACAACACAUACUCACCAAAAGCUGAAAAAUCAAGCAGUCGCAAGCGCAGGGCAGAGCUUAGAGAAAGUGGGGUGCACUUACCAGAAAAAAUCUCCAAGAUGGCUUCGUACGACAUCUCUGUGUCACCACCUCCCACCAAUGGGAUUGCAGGCAGUCCAGACGCCCUGCCUGACCAGGACGUUGUCCCGUCUCCUGACAGAUCGCGAAUAGAGAACCUUGAUAAUGAUAAAAUCAACAGAAUUCCAGUAAACGCUGUCAAGCCUCGCCCCAGCUCCCCUGGAGUGGCCAAACUACCUAGCACUUCAUCUUUGAUCAAGGUUGCUGUGAUGCAGCAACAGGCCAGAUUGGAUGAAGGAGGAGGGGGAGGGGGCUAUUAUCAAGCCAAAAGUCCCCGUGGCGUCACUACCAGUCCGAGGAGCAUGAAGCAAGACACAGUGACCAAGCGCUCUUUAGUAUAUGCACCGAAAGGACCCCCAGUCCCAAGCCCUUCCUCUAGGGACUCUCCCUUGUCUUCGUCCCAGCCUGUGUCCUCCCCAGCCCAAGCAUCUUACGCUGAGAAGCUGCCACAUUCUUCUCAUAGGUCUUCAAUGCACUGGGCCAGUUCGUCAGAAGUCCCCUCUCAUUGCCCACCACAAGACGCAUCUGCAACACUGGAAUCCCCAACAGCCUCCCCAUCGGCCUCUCUCCCCCCACAAAACUCAGAACUACAAAGACCGACAUCUGAGGGAGCCGUGGCUGUGUCUGACGACACAGAUGGGUCAGCGGCCCCUAACUCGGAGCAUAAAAGGAGGAAGUACAGGUCUAGAGACUACUCUGUAAAUUUAGAUGGCCAGAAAAUAGAGGACAUGACUAAGCCUGUACGAUUAAAAGAACGCAGACUAACAUUUGACCCCGUCACUGGUCAGAUCAAACAUCUGGUACAUAAAGAACCUUCUCAAACAGAGGACUUCCCUAUUCCUGACCUUUCUGAGUCAAGGCGGAGAACUGAAAGCACUGUACAACAGCCUGCUGCCCCAGCCCCUGCCCCGGCCCCGGCCCUGGUCCAGGUCCAGGUCCAGAUCCCGGCCCCGGCCCCAGGCCCCAGCCCUAACCCUUUCCACCAGACAAACUGGAAGGAGCUGUCCAGAAAUGAAAUAAUCCAGUCCUACUUGAACCUUCAGAGCAAUGUGCUCAACUCCUCUGGGGUCCAGGCCCCUAGUGCACACUUUUUCAUGUCAGAGUAUUUGAAAAGGGAAGAACAGGAGAUUAAGGAGUCGAGGAAGACGCAUGUUUUGCAAGCAGACAUCACAGUAGGAGAUUUACCAGGCGUGAGCCGGGAGGUGACGGGCGAGGACCUGGACAGGAUACACACACAGCACUGGCCAGGGGUGAAUGGUUGUUAUGAUACCAUGGGCACCUGGUAUGAUUGGACAGAGUGCAUAUCAUUGGACCCUCAUGGGGAUGAAAGCAAAUUGAACAUCCUGCCAUAUAUUUGCCUAGACUGAGGUGGUUCGGGACGGUUGUCGGCGUUUUCCAACCUCCGAUUGUUUCCCCACAGAGACGAGAUACUUUGUGAUUUUGUUUGUCCACUGUGAGUUUGGCAAAAGCCAGGUCUGCUAAACUCCCCCCAAUGCCUCUUCAUCUUUCUGUGAUAAUCUAUUGAGAUUUUGGUAUAUAAAAAGAGUAAGGAUUAAAAGAAUAGUUGAGUUUCUAAUUACAAGGGCUGUUUCUGUUUUUAUUUUUCAAACUGAAAGCCACAUGAUGGACGAGGCCCGAGCUGCAGAGUGCUGGUACUAACACAGAUGGCCAAAAGAAAGGGCAGAAUUAUUCCGGACAACCAGAAAUGUCGUAAUGAUGUGAAUUUUUAAUGUUCUGAAUUGUACCACUGUUCUGGGCUAACGGGAAUGAUACUGCCCUCUUCUUUAACCUAGUUUCUAAUGAGGAAUAACGAUCUAGAGUAAACAUUGAGGGAAGGCUGGGGUUUAGCUGUCCUGUCCAGAUCGCCAUGUUGGUGCCCAGAAAAGUCGUUGACAAAGAGUUCAUCGAGCACAGGUAGAGCUGAACAUGUCCAGAGUAUGAAAUACUGGAGCAUAUUUGGCAGUUGCAAGAAGCUUUAUGUGAGAUAUAAAGAGUAAAUUAUAAAUUUCGUAUCAUAUACAUCUAUUUAUUUUUGACCAGUUCAUCGAAACAGAUGCUCAAAAACCUAUAGAUUUCUUUUUCUCCCCCUUGUUUCCAUCAGAAUGUCGUCAGCCUCAUCUUUGAUGUACAAUGGGGGCUACAGGUGUUUUUGCAGGGUUUGUUCUUUAAGAUUGACCGAUGCGUUUGGUUGUCAACAUUCCAUUCUCCACCCUUCACCCACUUCAUGUGUCUCAUCACACAGCUCUUAUAUCUCCAUGCACUCUCUGAAUUUUUUUUUUAUACUUUCAAAUUAAAACCGUGUGGUGCUUCUUCAAAAUCGAAAUUUUACUACAGUGGAAACCACACACAAAUUCCCUCCCAAGUCCAAAAUGUUACAGAAUGUCAAAUCAGAUGGGGCUGAUCAAUACAUAUUUGAGAGAAGAAGAAAAAAACAAGGAAAUCCGUUUGUUUCCAUUCCUUUAGAUAUUGUUUGCCGUCUCAGUUAAACUGCCUUAGUGAAUGUACGGGAGUGAGACCGCUCAUGCACUUGUACAUAAAUUAACUCGUUGGUCAUGUCAUCGCUGACUUGAUUGAAGUGUGAGUAGUGACUGACACACCUACAAGUUUGAGUUAUGUGCCCAUAGUUAUUCAGACACAUUUAAAGUUCCGUCGGCCACGUUCAAGAGUAAAGAGAAACAUUUAGGAUAUUGUUUUGAGGUCGGAUUUACUUUUGCUUCCAUAUUUUAAAUACAGCAAACCAAAAUGGGAGAGAGAGAAAGCUGUGUGCAUCAGAUAUGUUCUUGACAUUGUCCCCGUGACAUCUAACACUUAAUUUUAAUUUCCCUUUAUCCGCAUCAUCACUACCACUUUUUCCUCACAUGAUCUAAACAAAGAUUGGAAUUUUUGCGCGUUCUCUCUGUUCAUCCUGUCGGUCACUCAUUCCUACCAAUGUGCCUUGGUAAAUGGUUAAUCUGGAUUUGCUUCCGCAUCAAACGCGCCUGUCCGUGGAGCUGGGUGUAUGUGCGAAAAACUCAAAUCCCACGAUCAAUAUGAUGCUGGUAUAUGCACCGUUUCUGUUGACUUUUUUUUUUGUACACAUUGGUCUAGCAAGGGUGGAGCUGCAGACAAUGAGAAACUGCACAACAACACAGCUGGCAAUAAAGGAAAAGUGCUACAACUGGUUGAUAAGAAUCUGUUUUCUGGAGUUUUGACAGGGGGUAUCUUUAUUUGUUCAGUGUUUAACAUCUCUCCAUUGUUUGAAAAAUAAAAUGAUCUAAAUAUGAA